GUAAGAGAGCAUUUGCUUGAAAAGUAUAAAGAAGCUGAGUCAAAACUAACUGAACGAGCUAAAAGAAGCAAGAGUGUGCUAGAAAAUCUGUAUGAACAAAACUUAGCGCUACACAACAAAAUUGACAGACAGAGAAAUGUUCAGCUCGGAAACAUAAAUGCUUUAGAUCGCUUUAAAGAACAGUUUUGAAACAAAGAUGGAAAAUCAGCAAGAAAAGUUCAAAUUAUUUUCUGAAGAUACAAAUACAAAUUAUCUGAAGCUAGCUGAAGGUGCAAAAAAUGUGAUGAGUGUGAUCAAAGAUGAUCAAAUGCUACUAGGACAACUAAAAAAGUUACAACAAAUCGUGGACAAGCGUAAUGAAGACGCUAGUAGCAAUGCAAAUCUCCUGUUGAAGGAUAACAAAGAUCAGUUGAGUCAUAUUGCCCCAUAUCUAGAAAAAUGGGUUCAAAAUGUAGAGCAAUUGGGAAUAGAUAACAUGAGGGAAGUCGUGCAGCCUAAUAUUGACUUCAUACGAAACCAGUUAGCAACAAUCAAUGUUGCCACUGAAAAUACAUUGGAAUUCGUCAAAAAGUAUGAUAUGAAGAAAGACUUGCUGAGGGGUGAAGCAGAAAUCAACCUUGACAACUUCAAUGAAGCAAAAACGUGUAUCGAGAACGAGCUUGAGCUACUUCUGAAUAAUGCAGUAACAGCUGUGAAGAAAGCUCAGGAAACCAGUUUCAAAGCCAAGUUCGCAGCUAAGAAAGUCAAGGCACUCAAAGUUGCUGCUGAGGAAGUGGAAAUGUAUUCAACCAAGACCCAAGAAGCAUCUGCUGAAAUUGGAAGAACCUUGAAACAUAUGUCUGAAAGCAUUGACAGCAUAGAAUUGUAUGCUAAAAAAGACUUAGAGUCUUAUAAAAAAGCUGAGGAUAAUACCUUCAAGGAGAUGAAAAAAGAAAAUGAAUUGAUUCAUGAAAUUAAAACCGAUCUCUUAAAUCAAGUGAAUGAAAAGACGACAGAAAUGAUGUUGCAAACCAUACCUGUCCAAGAGAAAAUAGGCAAAUUAGCUAAGGAGAGCUUUAAACUGAUAGAUAGCCCGUACGGAGUAGUGGUAGGAAGGAUGGGAGUUGCAGCUGCUUCUGCUGAAAGUUACUUGGAAUACAUACGAAGCCUGUGUGAGAACGUUGAUGUAGGAGCCACUAAUGUCAUCAAUGAGCUGAAUAAUGAAAGCGAUAAGUACAAGGAAAUCUGCCAAGAGGCACUAAAAGUGGGUGAAAAUGACGACCCCAGUUCUGUGGGAGAAAUUGAGGCACUUAGACAAGACACUGCUCGAGCACUUUCUGACAUUAAAUCUGAUGUCGAACACCUCAGUUAUAUACGAGAUGUCCCAACAGGAAAAACUCCUCAACGUGGAGUGAAGUGCCCUCAACAACUAGAGAUAGAAGAAUUGUUGAGUUCGUCUUCUACAGACGAGGCUUCAGCUAAUCUUGAUGUGGCAAGCGGAUCAUCUAUCUCAACGGACUCCAGCUCGAGUAAUGAUAGACCAAGGAAUGCUUUUCAGAAGUCAUCUCUGAGAAGGUCUCUGUCUCUGCCUGAAAUUGGAGUAGCUACAAGCUCGCCUAUUGACAGUUCACAUGUGAGGAGAAAACAUACGGGUCAAAGAUAUUUUAAAAAUCCUGCUCCAAGAAGAAAUGCUAAGGCUAAACCCAAAGCACCCAAGUAACAAUAAGUAUAAAGUUAAUUUUAAAAUUUAAGCAUGAAGUUUUUAUAAAUGUAACAUAGAUUGUUAAAUGUAUUAUUAGUACCAUAUAGUAAAUGUUUCUAUAUUUGAUAUUUUUGAGAAAAAAUACGGCUCAAAGAUAUUUUAAAAAUCCUGUUCCAAGAAGAAAUGCUAAGGCUAAACCCAAAGCACCCAAGUAACAAUAAGUAUAAAGUUAAUUUUAAAAAUUAAGCAUGAAGUUUUUAUAAAUGUAAUAUAGAAUGUUAAAUGUAUUAUUAGUACCAUAUAAUAAAUGUUUCUAUAUUUGGUA